GAAUAUUAUGAAAAUUACCACACACUAUUUCUGCUUCAGUUCAUGAGGGAUUUAGGCUCCUGUCACUGCAGUAUAUGCCUGUCAAAUAGCGAUCUAAAAUAGCGCUUAAACCACAAUAUGUUUUAGUGAGAUCGAUCCAACUUUCCUCUACUUACAUCAUAUCUGGUGGUGACUAGUGUGUAGUAUUUUUAUAGAACCAUGUAAAUAUUCUAAGGUACGAAGAGGCUGAACUUAAGUUUAUGCGAAACAGUAAUGUAAGGAAAUUUUUUUAUUAACAUGACUGUAAUCGGUUCCAUAUAAUAUAACAAUUUGAGCUGGAUAAACAACCACUUGGAAAACAAGGGUUUUAUGUACUAUACCAAAAAAAUGUAAAAAGAAAGUUGUAAACAGAAAAUUGUUUUGUUUAAAACAUUUUUUAUUUGGAUUUAGUUUUGUUAUUUAAGUUUCCGCUGCGACAAUGAUGUAGUCGUAGUAUGCGUUUCAAUUUCUAUCUUUUACAGAACUAUAUAUAUUUAGAUUCCAGAUAAUCUAAAUUCUAAUUUGAAAUCCCAAUACCUUAAAUGUCCUUUGAUGGAUAUAAUACAAUGAGAAUCUGUUCCCAUGAAUGCCCCGCAACAACAUUAUUCAUAACUGUCCCCGGAGGCGGGUCUUGGUAAAACAGCCAGGUUUUGUCUGGUGAGCGUUGCUAUAGUAACGUCUGUAGCAGGACCAGUAGCACUAUCGCUGCUGGUCCUGCUACAGGCGUUUGUACCACAGUCGCAGCGCGUGUUAGCACCAGUGACGCACUCGCUGACAAUUCCACCGUAUUAGUUUGCCAGUAGCUUCGAGCAGCUCGCUGUGAUGGUUGUUUGCGAUAUUAGUUACGUGUGUUCUAUCGCGGCAGCUCUGUUGGGCUGUUGACCCUCUCCCUCUUCCCACAGCCGUCACGGCGUUGCCCUUGCUCUCAACUAAGCAACGGCGAGCCGAGCCGAGCGGCAUUUGUUAAGUGUCUGUUUUUGCGAAUUAUGAGUAUGAGUAGACAGAGCGAAGUCUCGACGCUGUAGUGGUAAGUGGCAAAUCGGUGCUCUUCCACUGAAAGUAGCAGCCAACUGCUGCUAUUCCUGCCGGGAGCGACUGUGUGGGUCAACAUCCAGUGGCGGCGCUACAGUAUCUAGCAAAAGCGACUGUGACUUGGUGUGGCUGGACUCGAGGCGGAUAAACAAUCAAAAGUCCUUCUCCGAGACUCCGCGAACGCUAGCAGUCAGAAAUCGUCUAAACGUCCACGCUCGCAGGCGACGUUUUCGUUUGUGCUUGUAAAAGUUUCAACCGUGCCUCUAUCUUAUAUGCACUAACCACAGGACAGGCUGUACUCUGUUCGUGCCUACCUGCCUGCCUUCUAUAUCAAUUGGCGUGUGAGCCAGAUCAGUCAUACUUCUACCUUAGUACCAGUGUACAAGUGCGUGAAUUUCUUUUUUCAUCUAGCAAGACAACUGAUUAUUUUAGGGCCUACGACUGUCAAGAGAUUCUCAUAUUAGCGAUCAAUAAUAGAGCUAACUAGACACCAAAAUUGAGAAUUCUGGACAGACUGCAGCAUAAAAUGAGUGAGACUCAGGAAGGAACAGUAUUAAACUGGGUUGUAGACUCAUCGAGUCUUUUCUAUUACUCCAACCCCCAAAUAGCUCUGUUCAUGAGCAUGGGGGUUGCUUUUCUCUACUACUACCUGACCUCAGUAGCCCAAAGGCCUAAGCUGUAUUGUAAAGCGGGCAAAUUACGCAAUGUACUUGAAGCGAUGGUACCAGCAGUCAACGAAAAGUACUAUCCCACACCGUGGUGCUUCGGUACGCAUAGCCAAACCGCUCUGUCAAAUUUCUUUCGUUCACUGCUUCCCGACAUCAAAUAUCAGCGGGAGCUUCUGGACACCCCAGAUGGCGGCGUUCUGGCACUCGAUUGGUUUCCUAGUGAUCUUCCUCAAAAUGCGCCGAUAGCAUUUUUCAUGGCAGGUUUGACGGGGCAUUCACAGACUGAGUACAUUAAAUCGAUAAUUCCUGGCGCUUGCCGACAAGGCUGUCGCGUAGCUGUUCUGAACAACCGCGGUCGAGGAGGCGUUGACCUACGGACGGCUAAAACAUACUGUGCAGUUAGCUUUGACGACAUGGGGUUCGCACUACGGAAAAUUAAAGAACGCUACCCAGAAUCUAUCAUUGUAGCAUGCGGCAUCUCUCUCGGUGGAGUAAUUCUUGGUCACUAUCUAAGUGAGUCUCGUGAGGAAGCUAUGUGCGAUGCGGCCAUGCUUAUCUCGUCGGUGUACGAUGUCGGCAAGGCAGUGUACUCUUUGGAGCUGCCCGGCCUCAAUCGAUUACUUAACCGUCACCUCGCACGUAAUCUGUGGCUAACCGUCGAACCACAUAAGGAUAAAUUUGAGGAGUUCCGAAAACGGGUAAACCUCGAUGAUGUUCAAAAGUCGACCACGAUCAAGGAGUUCGAUGAACGAUUCACAUCGAAAAUGUUCGGUUUUCAGUCCGUCGAUCAAUACUAUGACGCGGCGACACUUAGUCAUAAGAUCAGGAAAACAAGAAUACCGACCCUCUGCGUUUGCGCUGCGGAUGACAUGUUCCAACCAGCGGAUGCACUUCCGGUGUCAGCUGUCGAGGACAACGCGAAUCUUGCCUUUAUUGUGACGACGCGUGGUGGUCACAUAGGGUUUAUGGACGGCUUACUACCGUUUCUACCUUUUUUCUCUGAGCGCCUUUAUGAACAAUUCCUCGCUUCUAUGGUGGCUAGUGUUCAAAAAGGAGUAUUUAAGAACAAGUAGCUAGCCAAAACUGUAUGCCUAUAGCUCCCCCGCGUGAGCAGCAAUUAGCAUUCAGAAAUAAUUUCAAUCAAUCUUUAGUAAGGCACCGAUACAACCGGAUUUAUCAAAUCGAGCUUUUGCCGUUGCUGCUGCCUUUUAACGCACGCAUAAGACUGUCAAAUAGUCUGCAACAAUGAAAUCAUUAGUUUUCGAAAACCUGCACUUUAUAGUGAUUUCAGUAAUAACAGAAAACAGAAAUAUAUAUUUCCUGUAUUCAUACUGAACAUCUGCUUAAAUUUUUAGUGCUGUGUUUUGAGAUGAGCUAGUCACACGAGAUGAAACGCAUAUGAGAAGUUUUCAUCCUUGAAAUUGCUCUGCGGCGUAGGCGGUACUGGCCUCUGGCAGAGUGACAAGAAGAUUAACGUAACUACUUUAGGGAUAUGCUAGGAAAGUCAAUAAUUUGAAUUAGAUACACAGAAUUGAUAUGACGACUACGUUUGGGUUAACACCGUUUCUACCUUGGUGCCCAUAGUAACUGACACACAAAUGAGAAAAUAGAAUGUGUCUGAGAAUACAUAGCUUUUUGACGUAAUAUUUGUCACUGUAACUAUUCACCUUAUAUCAUUGAUAUCUGAAUUUGAGACCGACCUAGAAACAAAUGCGGAUUUAAAAUGACAGAUAGUUUGAUGUAAUCGGUGCCUGUAACCCUGUUCGCCUGCAUGAUUUAAUCCCUGGAAUUUCAGAACGCAACACCAACGCAGAACAUGUUGCCUAUCUAUUAUAGUUAUCAUUAUUAUUAAAAACAAGUCUAACGAAGUUUAUUGCUAUAAACGAGCACGAGUUAUGAUAAAUGAGUUGUCAUCAGAAGAAAUCUUAUGUACAGUGCAAUGAUGGCAAUACAAUAUUUGUAACAAUGUUAUUAACGAUAUUAUAGCUAGUGUUAAUAAUAAUAACAAAUUAUUAAUAGUAGAGGGAUUUAACACACGCGCUGAGCUAUUGCCGUGAGCCCUGGCAGGUUUUUUUCUUCAAGAACAGGAUCGACAGAAAAACCAAACAAUCAGCUGUUAUAGUCUUAAGACACUUACGUCCUCGUUUAUAGUUACUUAAAUAAAUUAUGCUAAUCAUUAGGCUACGUGUUUCACUGCGCUACACCACCAGCCUCAUAUUUGUAAUAAAACUUGGGUAAUGCUGUGACGUUAAACGCGCAACUCAUCAAUAGAAAGUGGGAAUAUCUUCCGUAAUCCAUAGCUAUUUUGAAAUCACGUAUCAUCGCAACACAACCCUUCAGCAAAACAGAAAAAAAAUAAUAAAACCACAUCAGAAACUAAUUACUGAACAAAGCACAGUAAAUCUGGGUAGGGAUGGACAACCUAAAUAAAGAGUUAAUUUUAACUCUUUAUUUAGGUUUUUUAUUUAUUUAUUUAUUCCUUCUUUAACUCUCUGUUAAUUUUAACAGAAGGAUUGUUGCCGCGAAUUUUAUUCGUCGCGGGCUUAGGAAGCCUGCCAUAAAACAGUGCAGAUGGGUUCGUCGCAUUGAUAGAGGCGAUAUAAGAUUUGUCUUACUGGCAUUGCUUUAUAGGAUAGGCGUGUACCUAUUUACGAUCUUUUGUUCUAGGUAGCUUAGCCAGCGUUUAAAAUUAAACUGUUAUGUAAAUGAAAAUCUCUUCGUUCGGAUCAAAUCGAACUUGAUGCUAGGCAGUGGGAAAUACUAUAUUAUUAAUAAUAGAUGAUCUGUUAAUACACCCUGUGGCUGCUCUGCCGCUCUGCUUUUCGGUUAAUUACCAAUUUUUCGCCGUAGCUGCAAUCGCGAAUGUGACGCUACGGGGAUUCUGUCUCUCAAAAAAAAUACAAUUUUUGAGAGAAGGGUGAUUUAAGAAAAAUGACGCUCGGCUCCUCCCCGCUUAGUAGAAAACUCAUAUCAGUUGCAUCUUAUUUGAAAUUCAGCUCUGCCUUUGUCUCUAUGGCUGAAGGUCCAGGAUGACAAUGAACUGUCAUGAAACCAUCAUUGUAACCAAUAAAAGAUAUCUGUGUUGCCUAUUCUGAAAUGUUCAGGGCAGAGGCUACUGUAAUUUGAGGUUCCCGGUUCAUGCUGUUUACGAAUGAACACACCGAAUCAGGGUGGAAAUGUAGAUGACCGAAAUAUUGAAAAGACAAGAUAUACUCAUCUAUGAUUGGAUGUACUCCAAUUCUUGAUGAGCUGAUGGCGGACAUAUUGUUACCAUACUAUAAUUAUCUCUCAAAUAUACAGACGUGCAGAUAUACGAUUAGGAUAACAACUGUAUUCUAUUCACGAGUUAUGCCCAUAAUUAUAGCACAACUGUAUAAACAGUUAUUGACAAUGUGUAAGCUGUUGAGAAUGAAAUAACACGAAAACAAUCUUUUUCGGUAAAUCACAAUGCAUUGCGUCUUUUUUUAUUUUAUUCGAAUAAUUUCCUAGGAAAAGACCAUUUAAAGCUGGAACUGCAGAGUAAUGAUCUUAAGUUGAAUAUUAUGUAGCUGAUAACAGAAUGAUAGCAACAUGACCGAUGAAGUUUUAUACUGCAAUUAUUUGCAAAAUACGUAAAAUAUUUUCGGUGUAUAUACUCAACUAGUACAGCAAGAAAGGAAGGUAUAUAGAGUAGAAUGUGGUUUUUCGAUGGUGGGUUAGCCAUUACCGUGUAACCCCAACAUCUUACGACUUAUGUUUCAAACACAUGUUUGCCCAGCUAUAACGCAUUUGCGUUCGAUUGUUGUGGCCUUUACUUAGCAAAAACGGGGUAACUCAUGACAACAUGAUUAUACUCGGAUGGUUUUAUGACAUCCAAGCACAUACACAAGUUUUUAAAUCGGCAACAACUUGCUCCAUCAGCGUGACUGCUGUAAGUUCUCGUCUACAAAUUUACAUUAUGUUUUGUCUGUACAGGAUUUUUAAGCAAGUUAUCUGCCUUGGCGAAAAUACAGUUCAUAAAACUCAGAAUAUUUAGUUACUAAUUGUCUACCUAGCCUUUUUUAUGAAUUUGCAAAAUAAUGUUUCUCAUCUGGAACUUAUCUUCGGCGGUAAUAAUUAAUAUUUAACGUGUACCCCACUGUUUGAAACUCUGACGUUUGGAGCUGUUCCAGCUGGGACAUCAGGGUCUCUCCGGCCAUUGAUUUGCGAACUAUGUGGCACCAGAUUGACCCCGAGCUUAUUCGAACUGAACACAAAAUUGAUUGUCCACUAGGAGUGCUCUGGCAGUGUCGAAAGGAAACUCGUCACGUGUUGGAGAAAACGAAAUUACAGUAUAACUGAAAAAUGCAGUAAAUUUUUUUACCGAGAGUUAAGCUUUCACUGCGUUGUUUACUUAACGUCGAAAGGCUUCCCUACCAUUCGAGGCUUCUACCUUAGCGAAUAUUAUAUCCCUUAGUAUAUACACAUUCCUUUACAUUUCCAGUACCUUUGUUGUGAAAUGUACUGAAACAAUCAUCCCUAGGAUGAUUUAGUAAAAAUCCUUGUAAAAAUGCGUCUGAAAUAUAAUAUUAGUAUGUGUCGAAGCUUUGCUGCCUGUAAAGCUGUUACUUCCGGUUAAUGCACUGCGAAAUUGUAUUUGAUUGCAACGGAUCUGAAGUUUAGUAACACAUAAAUUUGUCAACGAGAUCCUGAGGAUUUGUAUGUAUGAUUGCAAUCGUACAUUUGAAGGCAUGAAGUCGAGAUCAGGAUGCAGUAUUUGCUCUUGCGUGAAUACGUGAUACGCCUUGAUCAUCCAGGCAACGCAAAGGUUUUGGCACAGUAUGAGUAGACGGACCAAGUAUAAUACUUUAGCAAAAAACCCUUGCAUCUUGCAUAUAUUGGUCGAGUUUUUCGUUCAUUCGAUAAGAUUGCAUAUUAACAAGACUUUUGAGGCGUUCUAUAAAAUGGCGUGUUUAAUGAAAAUAACUAGGAAUUAAUGUCCAAUGGUAUUCCAUUAGAUCGUGUGCAGCUUUUUUUAUCCUGUAGAACUAUAGAAUCUGUGAAUCACAUAAAUCGACAAUGGCAUAAGUCACAGCAAAUUAGUAAUUAAACCAAUCUAGUUUGUUUGGGAAUGACCUUGAAUGUUGUAUGCUUAAUUUGUAUAGAUGGGUCAGUUACUGUUGUUUUGUACAGUGUUUUUCUUAAUAGUUAAAAUUUGAUAAAACGAAUCCGCAAAGGAAAGACGGAUUUUUAUACUCAAAGAGACAUCGUAGGUCUCUCAGACGGUAGUGUUCCAGGCUGAAAAGAAGCUAGAAAAAGAAAUCGAACUUCAUGAUUCGAUAACCCAUUAGUGGCGCAGGUGUAGUGCACACUUUGCUGUAAAUAAUUAAAGAACGUUUAGUAGUACUAUAUUGCAGCUUUGUCUACUUGUUUUCAAUAAUAUCUUUGCAUGUAUAAGCUUAGUACAUUCAAUAAAAGCUGACAGAUAACAGUAAUAAUAUGAUUAGUAAAAGUGAGAUAAACUUUGAGAAGCUUAUUGAUCAAAACAAAUUGGGCGCAAAUCAUCGGUCUUUUGAUGUUCCUGAAACUGAUUUGUGAGAAGCAACCAAAACAAUAAAAAAAACAGAAGUUGUUAAAAUUUAUCGAACGUGUUACUCUGUUCGUAUCGAUUGACGAUACAAGCUUUUCUUGCGCAUCUCAUUGAUCCUCAUUGAUUUCCUACGUUGAACUUCCCUUAAGACAGACUUUACUGCACCGUUAUAUUACACCUAUUAUGGCCUGAUAUUUAUAUAGUAGCACUCAGUACUUCUACUAUAAGUGCAUUUUCAGCAUAGUUUCUGGCAAACAACGGCCGUGAUCAUACAGGACCGUGACGACAGAAAGACGAUCCACAGAGGCUCGAUUGAAACCAAUGCAAAACGAUUAAGUACGUUACAAAGGCUAUGGAUAUUUCAUACAACACACGAUGUCAUAAUCAUUUUGCUUUAGUUGCAUUUUUAUUCUCAUAGUCGCAUGUACGUACAUAGAGAGUACAUAAUCGCACGACCACGACCGGUUGUAUAGGAUUCGAGCAGGUACACAGCUGCUCACCAUUCUGACAGUUGCUGCCACAAACUUAGCGCAUAUGGAACCUGCUAUUGGUUAUUUAAAUAUCAAGUCAGAACACAGAAUAAAUAGAGCGAAUCGCAAACGUUUGCCGUUUCAAAAACAAUUGGUUACGUUGAAUAAUUUUGCUCGCGAGUGGCAGAAGUUUUAUUUUUUUUUAAAGUUUUUUCCGGUAGUUUCGUCUUCGCGGUGUCAUUAAAAUCCAUUCCAUAACUCGUUCAUAAUUAUAUAUAUGAAGGUCAUAUUUAAAAUUUGAGUGAGAGUAACUCGUACUUGCUUUGGAGAAUGUGGAUUAUUAACUGAUUAUAAUGUUGGCUUACGAAAUUUACCGUUUUUGUGGUAACACUGACAGCAUUCCAAACUAUAUCUAAUAAUCAAUCAUUAAGUAUUUCAAUUCUACGUGAUCUAUUUUCAUUUUCUUAAAAUUAUACAGCUUCAGCUACGUAGUAAACGAGAUGAUAAUGGUAUCUGGUAAACUUAUGUCGGGUCAUUUCACUUACUAUUCUAGUAUGAACAGCCCACCAUUCCUAAUCAAAAACCUUUAAUUCUAGCAAUACGAGACAUUAAGUCUAGUUCGGUCGAGCAGUCGGAGCAAAUAAUACUGUACGACCACUAUUAGAAAUUUCCAGUGACAUUAUACCACUUAGAUUAAAAUGUUCGUGAGUACUCUUUUAAUCUAACAUGAUGCAUAAGUAGCAUUUCUUAGUGCUUAUCAUGAAAUUCUUCUCGCAUAUACUUUAAUAAAAUGUGCUAUAUCAGACAAAUGUUGCCUAAUAUAGAUAUUUAUAUCUAAAACUAUAUAGAAUUAGACCAAUUUUCGUAGCUAGGUUAAAAUAGAGUGACCGGUUUGUCCAAUAUCGUUUAAUUUAAACUAAGAAAGGCAAAAAUGUACCAUUGCACCAUUGAGUUUCCCUUUGUAGCUGCUUCGACGUUCAGUCUUCUGUAAUUGGUGUUGGCUUAUGCCAAAAACAAAGACGGAAAGUAUCUUACCAACCAGCUUAUUACAGAAACUUUCAAUUGUAAUUUAGAAACUAAGCCCUAGAAAGAUUCUAAGACGUAUCUUUUUGCUCGUGUACUUAUUUACUAUAAUA